GAAACAGUGACUACACGAAACGAGUAACGACGACGAAUCACAAAAACUUAACCUAAAAUUCCAUGUUGUUAUCGUGUUAUCGAACGACCUGAAAAAUGAAAAUAUGAAAAUUUUUCAAAUUUCUCAUGUAACGCUCACUUUUCUUAUGCUUUGAAAAAAAUUCGGAAUGCAAAAGCCGAGGCAAAAGCAUAACCUCUUAUAAUUUUCCUUGAAAUGCUUUAAAUCGUUAUGUAGUAUUCCAAAAUCGUUCCUGUAAUGGAUAACCAGUAGGUAUAAUAAUAUUUUAGGUACUUAAAAACUAUUAUAAUGGCUGUGAGAAGCUGGAUGAUCAGGCAUCAAAUGCAAAUUAUUAGAUCUGGCAGAUACAAUACAGUAAAACAAAACAGACAGGAAGAUGUACUGGCAUCAUUACAAAAUUUGUCUGCUCAAGAAUGUUUCAAGAAAUUGCUGUCUACAAUCUGCCAAGAGGAUGUAGAUGAAUCUGUUUUAUUCAACCAUCUGAAUGCUCUGUUGAAAUUGACUUUGAGACAUGAGAACAGCUUAGACAAGAUUGGCUAUCAUAUAGAAGACUUGUUGUGCUGCCUGAGGAUUUGUUUAACACAUGUAUCUGCCCAGAUAAGAUCAACAGGACUACGAUGUAUACGACUUGUGCUUAAAUCAGAAAAUGAUAUUGUACAUAUGAAUAAUUUAUUGAUACCCUAUUUAUUAACCAGAUCUUUAGAUCUUAUAUCAAGGAAUGAUGGUGAGAGGAUAGAGGCUAUGAAAUUAAUCAGGAAAGCACUCAUUAUUUCACCUGCCAGUUUUGAUAUGUCAUUGGCAAGGUGCCUGGUGUCUUUGGCAUAUGAAGGUACUGAGGCAAAGGAUAGGAUGCUCAGAAUCUGCUUAGCUACCCUUUCAGAAUUAGGUGUUUUGAAUCCUAAGUUAUUCAUUAUAUCAGGUGGUGUGACAGCUUUAUCUAGAAACUUGUUGGAGUGCCAAACACCCAAGAUAGCAGAGAGUCUAUGUGGAGUUUUAUUGCUUUUAUUAGACAAGCCUUUCACUAGAUUUGCAGCAGCUGUAGAUUUACACUGUGCUGCAGCCCCUUUUUGUGAUUUUCACUACAAGCAUGGCACCAAGGAUAAAAACAAGAGAGAUGAGCGUGAAUUGAGGUUGAACUGUGGCAGGCUAGCUAUGUUGACCAUCUUGAGAAGUUGGUCAGGUAUCUUGCAUUUCUGCAGUCCAAAUGAUAAAGGUGGAUUCAGGUCUAUUGUUGAGGUUCUGUAUUUGCCACAACUAGAAGUGAGGAAAUCAGUAUUAGAUUUGCUAUACGAACUGUUGGGACUGCCUCAGCCCGAAUGGACCGACGAACUGUCAGUGGCCCUCUGCGCGGUGGACCCUUGCGAGCCUCAGUCGUCGUGGAGGCUGAACGAAGGGUUCGUCGUGGCAGAGGGCAGAUCGGUGCUUCCCCACUUGGCCAAAACCACCCCCAGUACCACCGACAUGCAUUUGGCGCUGCUGCUGUACUGCUUCUUGGAGAACGGGCUGUUGGCGGCUCUGACCGAGGUUAUCGCCACCAGUGAUACUUUCAUUUGCGUUAGGGCUUCCGUGCUUCUAGGUGAACUGUUGAGGCUCAUCCAAGUAUUACUGCCACCUGGUUGUUGUAACUUAUCACCCUCUCUACCUUUACUUCUAGAAUAUGCUACUAGGAGUAAGCCACAGGCUAUAGCUGCUAUUACAGCUCUUGAACAGCUCCAUAUGCUGAUGAAAAGGAGACCAGCCUCUUAUAGUCUGCAUUUGGAUUAUAUCAUAAGAAAUAGUUACUACAAGAGAAUGGAGAAUAAGAAUGUUAGAAGCAACAGAAUUAAACAGGGUAGUGGUUUUCAAAAGAAACUACAUCAGCUUGUAUUGAGAGAUGGAGAUGAUGCUGUAAAAGAGACUGGUGUAUUGCUCAGUAACGACGCUUAUACUUGGGAUUGGAAUCUGAUAAAUAUCAUACUCAAGGGCGAGAACAAUGCGAAAAUCGAUCUGUUCGACUCGUCCCACCGCACUUUCGUCAAGAAACUCCUAGAGUUCUACAUGCCCUCGAAGAACAAAUACUCCCACAUGGACCUCGGCACCUCUAGGUCCUCCGUAGUCUACACCACUGCGGGCAUAGAACUGAUCAAUUUCCUCACCGAGCUCAAAGAGCCGGAUUUCAACGGACUGAAGCCGCUGAACAUGAUCCUGGACCUGUUCAAGGACAUCCUGAGCAACAUCGAUGCCAUCACGACGAGCAGGAAUGUUCAUGAUUGCCUUUUCAGUCCCCAGCAUAUGGUCAACACGCAGUGCCAGAGCUAUUUUCUGUUUAUCGGCCAGUUUUCCAGGAGCGAUGUUGGUGUCAAGGUGUUGGAGAAUAUAAGCAUGUUUAAAAAGUUGAAAGAACUGGCGACUACGACGAACCACGACUGCUACGUGAAACUGAUAAUAUCUUCGUUGGAGUACAUAUUUCCUGGGCAAUGUCGGGAAAUCCUGGAAGCAGUUUUGACCUGCAGCUCUGAAUCUUCCCGGCUGUUAAAAGAACUGGCGACUACGGCGAACCACGACUGCUACGUGAAACUGAUAAUAUCUUCGUUGGAGUACAUAUUUUUUGGUCCAUGCCGGGAAAUCCUGGAAGCAGUUUUGACCUGCAGCUCUGAAUCUUCCCGGCUGUUGAAAGAACUGGCGACUACGACGAACCACGACUGCUACGUGAAACUGAUAAUAUCCUCGUUGGAGUACAUAUUUCCCGGGCCAUGUCGGGAAAUCCUGGAAGCAGUUUUGACCUGCAGCUCUGAAUCUUCCCGGCUGUACGCCACGCAAUUCCUGCACAUUUUGCUGAGGAGCGGCAACCCGCUUUUCUCGACGUGGGGGGUGAAGCUGCUGGUCGAUCGUCUGUUCGAUAAAUCGCGAGCGAUCUAUUUGUCUGCUUUGGCAACGUUGCACGAGGCGUGCGAAGUGACUGAUUGCCUGCAGGCUCUUAUUGAUAUCGAUCCCGACUUGAAAAGGCUCGGCGAAAGGGGUUCGCUGCUGUCGAUCAGGUUCCUUUCGAUGGAGAGCGGCUUCGAAAAAGCGACGAAAGACAAAGUGCUGGAGGAACUGAAGAAGUGGGACGAGCACUUCGUAUACAGGUACGUGAAACUGGUGGAGGGUGACAUCUCCGACGCAUUGACGCUGCACCAGCGCAACGAAGACGGCAGGUACGACAAGCGAGCCAGUUCUCUAAGGAACGCCAACAAGCGGGACGUGUUCCUGCCGCCGCACCUGUACGGCCAGCUGAGUCAACAUGCGCGCGGGUUCGAGGUGCUCAUCGAUCAGGAACGCGUCGAAAAAAUUGUCGACGUGAUCAAAAAAGCGAGAUGCAACACCGACGACCACAUCCUCGAACUGAAAGCCUCCGUCUGGUCGGUGGGUCACGUGGGCAGCUCCCGCCGCGGCUACGACUACCUCGCCGCCUUCGGCAUACCCGACCGCAUCAUCGCUCUGGCCACCAAGGCUACCGUCUACUCGAUCCGCGCCACGGCCUUCUACGCUUUGGGUCUGUUGGGCGCCACCAGCGCAGGCGCAGACGAUCUGGGCAGGCGCGGUUGGCUGUGCACGCGGCACGACCGGCACGACAACUGGCCGGUGAUCAGGGAGGAGUUGGAGGGUGGCGAGGGAACGGAGGGGUUGGAGGGGAGCGUGGAUUCGGAGGAGGAGGUGGAUGAUUUGUUUGAGCGGGAGUUCGAGAACGCUGGCGAGGUCGAGGGGGAGAUGCGAGAUUUUAUGGGGUCUCCGUGUUCGCCUGGUGCUUUGCUUGCCAACUGUCAAGAGAAGGAAUGUCAUGUUUGGCCAGAGUUCACGACGCUCACGUCAAAAAGUCACCACAGAACUCAAAGUAUUGAUCUUAGACAGCUUCGUGAAUGUGUCACUAGAUGCGCGCGUGUUAUCUUUUCAUCGCUGGUAGAGCGUAAUACGAGAAGAUCUUUGUUGACGUUAGUGAGUAAAACAACCGCAAAAUCGAGAUUGCGAGAUUUCAUCGGGUCUACGUGUUCGCCUGAGAGACGUAGGAUGAGACAAUCUACACUGCCAACUAACAAAAGACCUCCAAUAGUGUUUCAUACACGAUCUUUGUCUGAAUCUAAAACGUUCGACGUGAAAAAUGGUUUCGACGAAGAUCACAGUUCGAGUUUAGUUCCUUUUGCGUAUGGAAGACAUAGAAAUAGUUCCAUGACAGAAUCGACCACUUCCGGCGUCAGUUCUUGUGAUUCUUUGCCCAACAAACAUGCAACUGGAGGCAGCUAUUUGAAAACUCUGAGUCCUAUUCCCAGUUCGUCUAGUCUGAGUACUCUCCAGAUACCUACUCAUUUCAAGAGGAUAUCUCGUCCGAUUUCUUCGAACAGUACUACUAAUUCGGAUAUUUCGUCGUCAUCGAUGACAGGUAGCGUUUCGAACGAACUCAGUGUUCAAAAUCUCGUCGGAUACAAUACUCUGAAGCUGUUGCGUAGAAUGGAGGGACUCAAUUUCGAUAGUCCUAAUUACGAACAGGACUAUCUGUUCAAUACGACACCUCAUCUCACGUCUACCGCUUCCACUAUAUCGGACGACUUCAAAAUAAUUGACAAUGGUUUCGUGUCGGUAUUCAGUGUACCGAAGUUCGAAGUCAAAAUGUCACCCCGCCAGGAGGACAGACGGUAUAUGGGCGUAUGCCUGCCCAAGGUUCUGACGGACAUUUUCCCUAGUCAAGAAGAAAUUUCGAGAGAUCCGCACAUUUUUCCCGAUAGCAGUUGUAGUGCCGAAUAUAAUGCUGAUGAUAAACAAAAAUCGUGGAGGCAUUCGAGGAAACAUUGUUUUUCUUGCAGUCGGACGGAAAAUGCGGGGAAAAUGGAUGAUUUAAUCACAGAAAAUCUAAUAACCACCAAUUGUCUCGAUGGUGAUAGCAACUGGCCAGCUCGGUCGUCAGACCUCACCCCACUUGAUUUUCAUUUGUGGGGCUACUUGAAACAACAGGUUUAUGAGUCGCCAAUUGUGAAUAUGGAAGAAAUGAAUGAGAAAAUCACAAAUUUAUGGGCACAAAUUGAUCGAAACCUGGAUGAAUAUUUCGAUCUAACCGAGACAGUUUGUUCUUUCAUGACACAAAUAUCAACAAAUAUUAAUUCUUACGUUGAUCCUCAACAAAAUCAAGGAAGAGGAGAGCAUGACACCAAGCUCAAGACCAUGCAGAGCAUGAAUGAAUCCAAACUGGAAGUUCUGGAAAACGUCGAGAGGUUGCCGAAUCCAAUCUCGAAUAAAUACGUCAAAUCUCACUUGAUACGGUUCAAGCAACGAGAACCGGACACAUUCAAGGACCUUUGCGUGUUCUCCGAGGUCUGCAAAAUGAUGUCGGAGAACAUCUACAGGUUGCCGACCAGGCGCGUACUGCACGAGCUGUUCUUCGACGUUUCUUUCGUCGGGCUAUACGAGGAAGCGAAAAAGUCAUUGGAGAGAGACGUCAGAGAAGAGGAGACGUCGGGAGAGGUAGAGGUAGAGGUGGGGUUGAGUAAUUUGCGAGAGAACAGUUUUUCUAGUGAUAUUUCGAGCCCGACGGAGUCCGUGAAAACUCUGGAUUCUCUCAGGCUCACGUUCAGUGAGAACAAAUUUCCCAUAAGAGAGAAGAAUAAGUAGGGUUGCUUGCAGUUAUCGAAAGUACGGAUAAUACCGGGUGACAACGAGAUUAUCGGACAGGGCGUUGUUCAGUUGUUUUUCAAGUCAGAAUUUUGAAAUACGGGUGGAUGAUAUAGUUCCUUAAAACCCAUAUUUUCCAUAAAAAACAAUUAUCACUUCGGAUUUCACCAGAAAUUGACCUAAUUCAAGAAUUUUAAUUGGAAUUCUGUAUGUAUUUUCACGCCAUUCUAUAGAGCUAGAAAUUUAUUUUUCAGUUAUACAGGGUGUCCCAUAAGUCAAGGAUCGAAAAUAGUGGGGUGGUUAUCCAAUUGUUGGUGGUUCAUGAGUUUUUUUUUAAUUUCUAUAAAAAGAAUUACAAUAAAACUAUGUCACAUUGGUGAUUUUUUCUUUUACAAAUUC